GAUGACUUACUGUUCCGUUUUCUCAUCAUGCCAAAUUCACACGCUUAUCUUUUAAUGACGGAAGAUGUGCUUAUCACAAACAACGGGACAAUUCCUCCAAAACCUGCAACGUUUCAAAACACACAACCUGAGGUGUUAAUUAGUUACCAGCCAGCCGUGGCCAGACGCAGCAACCUUUACACCGCGGCAGCACUUCGGCCUCUCCGGUCUCGUGGUUCACUCGCUCGGCAGUCUGGGGACAGAGAAGUCGCGACUCGCUACACAGGUUAACCAAUGAAUGCACAUGUGAACUUUCCUCAGAUCCAGAAACACAAUGUCAGCAGAGCAGCAGCAGAGUCCUGUGCUGGACGGGCUGUGUCAGACCCAACUGACAGUGAAGACAAGGAGACCAAGCAAGAAGGGGUUUGUGAAGACAGCUGAGUACCUGACAGCCAGGUUCCAAGGCGAGGGGGUUCGUUACAAGGCUAAACUAAUCGGCAUUGAUACAGUGCCUGAAGCACAGGGAGACAAAAUGUGUCUGGACUCCAUGAUGAAGCUCAAGGGGCGAGAGGUGGCAGCUCGUAACUCUGGACAGCACAAGCAGAGGAUCUGGUUAAAGGUGUCUGCGGCAGGAAUUCAAAUCAUUGAUGAGAAGUCAGGGCAUGCAGCACACACGCACCCAAACGAGCACAUCUCUUUCAUUAAGAAGGAUGAGACUGACCCACGAGCCUUCGCCUAUGUGUUUGCACAGGACGGAACCUACACGCUGCUCUCUAUCAAAACAGCAAACUCAGCCGACCCUGUUGUAGAGGACCUUCGAGAUGUGUGUCAGAUUGCUGCCAAGUUAAAUGAGGUAAAUGGUGAUGACAAAACAACACAGAAUGCUGAUUGCCUACUCCUGGAUGAAGAGGUGACACAAGUCCAAACGGGGAUUGAUGAGAUAGACCUGUUCAACCCAUUACCUUCAUCUGCAGAUUCAGACACUAACAAGGCAUCGCCAAGCAGUGAGCUUUCAUCUCUCUUCCCCCCUUCCUCUCCCUUCACCCUGCCGCAAGCUCAGCCUCUACCCGGGAGCCCAGUCAGCCCCCUGGAGCUCUACCACACAGGGACACACCAGCCAGUGUGGGCUGCACAGGUGGCCUCCUCAUUCACCCACUUGAGCCAAGUUCAACCAGCACCCUUUGGGCAACCCACAGCAACCGCCUGGAUCCAACAGGCACCAUUUGGGACACCCAAUCCAUAUCAGUUAGGCCCCUGGGGAGCCCAAGCCUCGCCUACCCAGCCUGCCCCAUGGGGAGGCCCAGGCCCAACCUCACCUACACAGCCAGACCCCUGGGGAGCCACAGCUUCGCCUACACAGCUAAUCCCACGGGAAGCAAGUGGUCCAUUGAGCCAGCCUGGAGCUGUCCCCCCUGUCCCGGGGGUCUGGGCCCAGUCAGCGCCCACUCAACCUGGACAGCGGGUACCUGGGGUAUGGGGGCAGCCGGGCUCCAUCACCCCCUUCCCAGCCUCUGCCCCUCCCCCUGUUCCAGAGCAGGGCUUCUCCCCUCUCAGCUCAUCCACGGAAACCACCAAGUCGGUCCUGUGGCAGACCUCUGCUAGCUCCAGUUUGUUGGAGAAGGACCCCUAUGCAGCCCUGCGCAUACUCAGUACAGAAUCAAGCUCAGACAUAUGAUGAUUUCCAGCACUCCUAGGACAUCGUCCACACUUACGUUUUCAACAAGCAAGAAAAGAAAAUACUUUUCGUGAUGUCAGCUCCACACCUGUAGAACUGCCUGAUCAAGUAAUCAUUUAUAGAAAACAAUUUGUAGCUCACAGAAUAAUCCCAUAUUAUUAGUGGACUUCCAUUCAUUAUGGGGUUUCAAAUGUGCACCUUUAAAAGAAACGCAGGGCUCCCGAGUGGCGCAUCCAGUAAAGGCGCUCCACGUGGAGUGCAGGAUGCCUCUAUAGUCUGGACGUCGCGAGUUCGAGUCCAGGCUGUUCCUUUGCCGACCGUGGACGGGAGCUUCCAGGGGGCGGCACUCAAUUGGCCGAGCACCGCCCGGGGGGAGGGAGGGCUAGGUUGGCCAGGGUGUCCUCGGCUCACCGCGCACCAGCGACCCCUGUAGUCUGGCCGGGCGCCUGCGGGCUUGCCUGUAAGAUGCCCGAGAGCUGCGUUGUUCUCCGACGCUGUAGCUCUUGGGUGGCUGCAUGCUGAGUCCGCAGUGUGAAAAAAAGCGGUCAGCUGACGGCACACGCUUUGGAGGACAGCGUGUGUUCGUCUUCGACCUCUCGAGUCAGCGUAGGGGUGAUAGCGGUGAGCUGAGCCUAAAAAUAAUUGGCCAUUUCCAAAUUGGGGAGAAAAUAAUAAAAAUAAUUGGCAACGACAAAAUUAAAAAAAAAAAGAAAAGAAACACAGAACAGAGUAAACAUUUUCAUUAAAAAAAAAUGGGCAGAGGAAACAGAACACACCAGUGCUGCCUCAUUGUAAAAAGAUGUGAGGACGAAAGACAUGAGGUUAAAACAGCAGCACAGCUCCAGAAGCUGCUGGCACUGGAGGUGGCCAAUCAGCUAGCGGGCUAACACAGGGGUCAAGAGCCAGGGCUUCAAGCCAUAGCCAGAAUUAGAGAAAUAUUUAGAUAUUAAACACAACUUUCUAAAAGAAAGUUGAGUAGAAUUCAGUUUACCCAAAAGCCAUCAGCCUGUAAUCUGCUGGUACACCCCUGACUGCUGACACGAUCCGCAAAGCUAGCACACAUCCGUUAUUAUGAUAUUGUUGGCAUUGUGGGUGACUUGCGCAUUGAUUGAAUGGAAGUGCUUUCAGUGCGAGACUCAUUUGCAUGUUAUCUCACGCUCAUAAACAGCCUUGCUUAUCUCGCACAUUAAAAAAAUCUGAAAAAACAGGAUAUAGAAGUAAAUGUGUCAUACAUACCAUGCUGUAUAACACGAAGAUAACAGUGAUGCAAGAGUUUCAAAAAGGGAAGUACUUGCAUAGUGCUGUUUUGUACUUGAUCCAGUUUUGUGAGCAAGAGAAUUUAAAUGGCUUCUUUCUGUCAUAAACCACCCAGCUGAUUCCCCUGUUGACUGGCAUGCUCUCAGCCAGUAACAUAACGCAGAAGACACUGCUGAGAUUAAAUGACCCAGGAUGUUCAACAGAUUUCCUGAGAAUAAGGCAUAGGAACUGAGAACUUUCUUUAACCUGAAAAAAUAGCAAGUAAAUCUGUGUUUGCUUAAUGUGUUUCUUUCGAAAUGUCACAUUUGAGCCCCCUGUUCUAGGUGAGAUGAUGGAAUUGUUUUGUUAGCUGAAAUUACUUCACACAGUGAGCAGCUUUACCCAGUGAGCAGCUUUACCCAGGUGAGCAGCUUCACCCAGGUGAGCAGCUUUACCCAGGUGAGCAGCUUUACCCAGGUUAGCAGCUUUACCCAGGGAGCAGCUUUACCCAGGUGAGCAGCUUUACCCAGUGAGCAGCUUUACACAGGUGAGCAGCUUUACCCAGGUGAGCAGCUUCACCCAGGUGAGCAGCUUCACCCAGGUGAGCAGCUUUACCCAGUGAGCAGCUUUACCCAGGUGAGCAGCGUUACCCAGGUGAGCAGCUU